UGCGUGCAUGUGUUAGUGUAUGUUUGUGUGUGUGUGUUUGUGCUCCAAAGUCAAGUCCAGCUCAGCAGCAAUACGAGUGCUAUCAGCGUUAGCCAGGGUGAGGCGCUCUGCCCUUUGACCCCCUCCUCCCGCUAUAGCUCUGGGUCAGAGUCCAGCAAUGCCUCAUUCAUGGGGCCCUCGUCAUGUGACAGGGGUUACGUAACAGGCAACAGCUCUAUGGCAUUCCUGCUCUGGCAAAUAGUGUAAUGGAGCUACAGUAUAUGUUUUAAAGGCACAUUCGGUCAAGUAACUUCCUCCUAGAGAGCAAAUGGGUGUUCAGGGUUUUGCUCCAGCCCUACUUUACACACAGCUAAUUCUAUCUAUCUGGUCCACAGCAUCAGGAUAGUGAGAAGAGGGGCAACCACCCUGCCAGCAUGAGGCAGCCACUGGGACCAGACAGGGAAAAGGGGAAGAAAGCAUACUUGGCAAAUGGGAGCAUGGUGCCACCAGCAUCUCAGCGAGCGCGACAGUCGACAGGGAAAGACGGAGACUCCAGUCAGGAGGUAUACGGCGAAACCUCGUCUGAGAGCUACAGCUCGGCCUCCAGCCCCCAGCACCACAAACCAGAGAGCCUGGACAGCGAGGACGAGAAGGAUAAAGAUACGGGCAGUAGCCAGGGCCCAGCGGACGCCUUCUUCCCCUGGCAGGAGGUUGUAGAUGGGGCCAUGCCCCCCAUCCACCACCUGGCCUCUGCCAAGCCUGUCGGGGAGCCCCCCAGCCUUGACUAUCCCCCAAACACCUUCAUGCACCCCCUGCCCUGCAUAUUGCCCAGCGGGGCACUACCUGCCGAUGCCCCUCUGCCAGUCAUGCCCCCCCAGGUGGCAGCUGCCCUGGUAGACAACAAGGUGGUCGGAYGGCUGAUCAUGCAGGUGCCCCUGGUCCUCCGAGAGCCCAUGUCCACCACCGUGCCAGUUUACGUGCCAGGGGAUCCAGAGCAGAGGGAUGCUCCUGCUGCAGUGCCCAUGGUACUCCCAGGGUUUGACUCCCUAGCCCUGGGCGUACACCCCCCUGGCAGCCCUGCCCUGCAGCCCCUAAUCCAGCGCUUCAAAACAGCCCCUCAUAAGGCAACUGUCACUUCCGAGGGUGUCACCGCCUCCUCUGCCCACCACCCUCCGGUUGGAGCCAUCAGCGUCAUCGCCCAAGGCCCACCCUACGCCUCACCUCUGCAGCCAGCCUACCCCGACCCUGCCGCCAACCCCCUAACCCCCUCUGUACCCCUAGGGGAGCCUAGCAUCCCUUAUGCCAAGCACCCAGGCAUGGCUCUUCCCUCAGGCCUGCCCUCUCCAUACACCAUGCCCCCCAUCCCCACCUCCAUCAUGGCAACGCUGGGGACAGGGGUAGCCGGAAUAGGGGUAGUGCCCACAGCUGGACAGGUUCAGGCGGUGGUGCCCCCGUCCGUACCCACCCACACCCCCGGCCCAGCGCCCGGCUCAACCCAGACCGACUCCACCUCUUACGUCAACAGCACCAGUAACUCCGUCGCCCAGCAACAGGCGCAACCACAACAACAACAACAGCAGCAGCAGCAGCAGACGACUCACCAGCAACAGGCCAUGUGCUGUGGGGCGUGCGGUUGCCGAGGCGGCUGCGGCAACAGCCGUACAGCGCCAUCGUUUUUCUUCCCCCACCAGAUGGCGCCACGGCAGGUGUUUGGUGCGCCGCCUAUCUUCCAGUUCACGUCCCUCUGCACCAGCAACUACCUCAGCCAGCCGCCCCCGCAAAGUAACGGCCAGGCCCAGCUGACAUUCUUCCCCCCCGCCCCUUACGCUGGCCAGACCCUGUUGCACACCCACCCUCACUCUGACCUGGGCACCCAGCUAGGCUAUAGCCUCCAACAGAUGGUGUCGCCAUUCAACCGUUUCUACCCGCACAUGUACCCCUCCAGCGUGGGUAUGGUGCCCGGUUCGGGAGGCCUGGGAGGAGCGGUCGGCGUCAACAAGAACAACGGCAACGUCUCCUGCUACAACUGUGGGGUCAGUGGGCACUACGCACAGGACUGCAAACAGCCCUCCGUUGAUUCAACACAGCAAGGCAGCUUUCGGCUGAAGUACGCCACCUCCCACUCUUCCGAAGGACUAGACAACGCUAGCUGAACACGUCUUUUCGUUCCGCCAUCUUGUUCCUUGUCACGAGCGGUCCGAGAGAACCCUCCGUUUCAAGAGGGUUUCACUCUGAUGUUUUUCAGUUAUUGUCAUUGUUGGUUUGACCUUUUUAAAGAGCGUGUGUGAGGAGGGUCCUGAGUACUUGUGGCGGAGACAUCCUCUACGUCCCCGUCACAGCUGAGAGUGAAGCUGUCUUGUUUCCAUAGAGACGCAACCCCCCCCCCCCCCCCCCCCUGAUCCCUUAGAGGCUUUUGGUAUUUUGCACUGAAAACUGGCACAAGACAGCAAGCAGCUCAUGUUCACUAACUUAUUUUUUAUAUUCGAGUGUGGGAGCUUGGGAAAAUGACACCACGUCUAUUAGAGUGUGGGAGCUUGGGAAAAUGACACCACGUAUCCUAGAGUGUGUGAGCUGGGGAAAUUAUUUUAUUCUCUGAAUACAUGGGGAUCCUACGUGAUCUCGAUGAGAGUUUCCUAUACUUGGUUUUUACAGCGGUAUAUUUAUGCCUCCUUACUGUUAUUUGACAAGGAUUUGUAUUGUUUAACUGUACAGCUACAAAAGAUAAGUACAAAAAAAAAAGUUAAUGUAAAAAAAAAAAAAAAAAACUGGGGUAAUUUUAAUGUUUUUGCUGCAGUGUUUAUGAAUGUACAACAUAUUUCGUUUUUUUUAUUUUUAUGUAAGGAAUCUGGCAGUAUCGAAAACAUGUUUCUUAACCAUUUGCCACUUGAUUUAAUGUGAAGCGCAGAGUAAAAACGUUUUAUAUCAUAUCUGUCAUGUUGAAGUUCAAUGCUGCUGGGUGUUUAUUUCUAGUUAUAAUCUUUGACAAUAUGCACUAUAACUACCAGGAAUUCUGAAGUUUCUCAAGUGCACUGAAGCAGUCCUAGAAGAACUAGAGCCAGUUGUUAUUGCAACAGUGAAGCUCUGGACAAUACACUGGUGUCCCUCCAUCCAGUAUUCUCUUUGAAAUGCUGUGCUGCCCUGCAGAGUUCGGGGCCACUAUUUGGCUCCUACUAUUGAUAACACUGUUCUCCUCUGAAAACAACUAUAUUUUCUUUAGCCGUUUCUAUAGGACUGUGGUGGCRAAGGCAGAUAUCAUGUAACUUUUCUGGAGACUCGUGUUUAUUCCCACUUCUUCAUUUAAGGCAGCAGUGAGAUCUAUGGCAUAUGUUUGGUACAUUGGUAAAUGUACCAACAAAAUUUAAAAAAAAUGCACAUACACACUACGAAUUGUGUGUGUUUCAUGUGGAGUAUGAGCAUGAUUAGCGUGAGCACUAAUGGAGGUGUCUGACUGGAGGUGUUUGGGUAUCUGGAUUAGUAGCUUUCCAGGGAUUGAUAAAAAAAAGUGAAAAUAACUAAACUGCAAAGAAUUUCAGUAGAAUAAAACCCGAUAUUUCUUGGUCCUCCCCAUUGUUUAAAGUGAAAGACAGACAAUUUAUGGCAGUCUGGAAACUUUAGCCUGCUCUGGUCAUUUUUUCACUGAUUCACUGAAUUCAAUACAUCUGUUUGAUUCCUCCCGUAUGUGUAGGUGAAAGGCAGGAGAUAUAUGGUACUUCUGCCUGUAACUAGCUAAUUUACAUUUUUGGGGGCAAGUGAUCAUAAUCUUCGGGGCAAACCAAAACAAAAUACUCUUGACUUGCCCCGAUGGGCAAGUGCCUUUUCAGACCUUAAAGUCAAUACCUGCCUUCUCAGACAUAUCACUUGAGAGAAUUCUCAAUGAUUUAGAACUCUUUCAUGUCUGUCUUAAGAUUUGGGGUCUACAAGUUGUAAAAGAUGUGCAUGUAUAUAUUACACUUGCGCAUACGGAGUACACACUCGCUUGUUGAUAUGAUAAGUUUUGUCAAUUUUCAUUAAUAGCCACACUUAGUACUGUUUUCCAAACACAAACAUGAUUAAAAAGCUSCCCKCCCCCCCKCCCCCCCCCCAAACUGGUGAGGAUCUCUAAAUCUCUUGAUUUGAUGGAAGCAGAUAUUUCUUGCAGUUACUUAAAAUGUUGAUGCAAACUUGGAAUUUGAUUGAAAAACGGUGUGGACAUGUGACGAACACAGGGAAAGAAAACAUGUGGACACUACAGAAGUGUAUGGAUGAUUGAAGAACCAUGUGAGCUUGGAGGACAAUUGUYCAUAUGAACCUGCCAGGCUGUACUGUAUGGGGUACACUCACUGUUACCUUCAGCUGUAUGUUUACUGUAUUCUUUAUGUAAAUGUUAUUGUACUGGAAAGGUCAAAUAUAUUUCUAAAACGAAUUGGGUUUUUAUGCAAAUUGUUGAUCUGUUUUCCUGGAAUUAACAGCAAUAAAUACAAAAUGAUACAUUA